CCGUAACCUGUAUACACACCAAAUUAUAUCGACACUUCUAUUCUAUAGCUUCUACGGUCACAGUGUACCCUGGAAUGCGUCACACACCUAACAGUUGUCUACGCACGGCGUCCGACGUGCGCAGGGGGAUACGCAGCAAAACUGCCUAAUCAAUCCUACAGAUGAGUCGGUCCUGGAUGGUAUUGGGACCUAAUAUCGCAAACCCUUAUUCCAAAGGGUCGGGGUUGCUGGGGCCAACACGAUUAACGUCCAAACGGCUUUCAACGAGCACAUCAAGCGCCAUUUCUUCUCCUGCCGAUGCUGUUUGCGGUAACUGCUCCGACCUGGAUCUCCCUGGCAUCUUCGCGGGUGGUUUUGUGAUUGAAAAUGGAUUCAUAUCACGAAAAAGUCAACCUUUCGCUAGAUGGCUCUGGCAAAAAGCGGAGAACUGUCAGUUUUGCAACUUCUUGGAAAGAGCCAGUGCAUUGCGCCGCACUUCUCCUUGGUUUCAACGAGAUAACGCGCACCUCAAAUUGAGAUGGUUGAAGAGAGAGCCGAGUGAAUUGUUCAAUUUUGACGAGGAGGAAGUGAUUCUUCGUUUGGCCUGGGACCCUUCUAUUUCAGAGGACUCGGGUCAUCUUCACAGGAAUAUCUCGUAUUGGGAUCAAGUCCUGCUUGGCUGCUCAGCAUCAGACGAUUAUCUUGGGCUCCAGCAGCGGGAUUGUUCGAUCGGGGUGGUAACACCAUAUAUAGAGUCACUCGAGACUCUGAGAAACAGUAUUACAAUAUGUGAGAAAAGCCAUUCGUGUCUAACUAGCUCCAAAGAUAUGCGAGAGAUCCCAUCCGUUCCAGCCCGAGUCAUUGAUUGCACGAGUCGUCAGGUGGUCACGGCUCCACGGGCCUGUCGGUAUCUGGCUCUAAGCUAUGUUUGGGGAGACUCGAAGAAGCCUCCAUCCGUAAAGAUUGGUGAGACUCUUCCUGUUUUGCCUCAGACUAUUGAAGACGCGAUCGCAGUUACUUCAAGUCUUGGCUUUCAGUACUUGUGGGUCGACAUGUACUGUAUCCUUCAAGACAAUGACGAGGACGUUGGCAAUCAAAUUCGACACAUGGACCUUGUCUACCGCAGAGCUCAGGCAACCAUAAUUGCAGCGGCUGGGAGUGACCCUACUUUCGGUCUCCCAGGCGUGAGCUCUGUCCGAGGAAUCCACCAGGCUAGCGUCAAAAUGGAAGGAAUCUCACUCGCUACCUUUCCGUACGAUCCUUGGAUGCCCGUGAGGAAUUCCAAUUGGGAAAACCGAGCGUGGACCUUUCAGGAAGGCCUAUUCUCCCCUCGGCGAAUAUUCUUCACAGCAGAGCAGAUUAUCUUCAACUGUUCUGUUGGAUGGCACUGCAAAACGAUCCGCCCGACUCAACGAAUUAAGGUCACGGGCGCAAUCAAUUCUCUGAAUUUCUGGCCGUCGUUCUGGAGUCCCCAGUGUCCGGAUUGGGCGAUCUUUGAUCUGAUUGAGAAGUACAGCUCUCGUCAGCUGACUUUUACCGGGGACAUUUUGAAUGCAUUCUUGGGAGUUUUACGUGCCGCUGAGAACCUCCCUUCCCCUGUCAGACAUCAUUGGGGCAUACCAAUACUGUCCCCUGAAAGAGGUGCCUUAGGAAGUUUUAUCUUCGGUUUAUUAUGGACAUUUACUCAAUGGAAACCACAAAAAAUGCGCCGACGAGAUGAUUUCCCCAGUUGGUCUUGGCUUGGAUGGGAACGUCCCGUAAUUUAUAGGGAGCGGUACACUGAACCCACGAGAUACCUACCACCCCCCGACUUCUGCGUUAGUAUCGAGCUCCUUAAUGGAUCCACAAUCUCAUGGGCAGAAUUUGAGAGGGCAUUAACAAGCGACCGAUCCCCUUUGCCAACGACAAAAUUCCUCACCAUUGAGGGAUGGACUGUACCCGUCAAGCUGAAAUUUUUGAAGCGGAGACAUUUCAAACCGACCAUGGGCUCAUUCUUUACCGUCUACGCCGAUUUUGGAGCAGAAAGCCAGAGUGGCUCGUGUUUUGAUAUACAUGUCAACAAUGUCAACAAUGGUCCUAAUGAUGCAGAAUAUCCCGAAGUUGAAGGGGUGGCGAAGGUUUAUAACGGAAUCGGCAUCCCACUACACUGCCAUAGCAAGGUGAACCACAGAUACCCAAUCCUGAUUCUUGUGCAAAGAGAUUCAUUCUGGGAACGAGUGGGUGUAUCUUUUCUGGACUCUUGGCAAGCGGGUCAGUCUUUAAUAAAAUUAGAGCAACGGAAAAUUCGCCUUGGAUAAAAAUCGAAUGCAAUAUAUCAAAAUACUGGAUAUCUAGAAUCGUUGCUCAGCGGUUAUGACUCGUCCGUGCGAGAGACGUUGUUAUUGCUGGACGUUUCCCAAAUACCAGGGUUUGCGGGUAGCUCCACUCGACCAACUACGGGCUGAUUUAAAAAAAAAUGACCCAUGAAUCCUGGGGCUGGACCUUCAUUCUCCUUCCGCUGUUCAUUAUAAACCUCCUUACAACGUUGCUUGAGCCACCCUCGAUCCGCUAUGACAUUGUCAUACAUAUAGAUGCAAUUCGAAGGGGACAUUCUUGCUAGCAUGCUAAAGCAUGGCUCGCUGAUAUCUGGCGAGAAUA